AUGUCGUUCGACAGGCUCUCUUCGCUCGAGUCGCAACCGACGACAACCCGGCGGCAGGACGAUCCUCAGUACAGAGAUGACCCCGAAUUCCAGGACUUCACGGAAUCAUUGUCUACCAAGCUUUUCGAACUAGUAUCAAACAUCUCCCGCCUGUCCAAUCAACUUGCCAAACGAGAUACCGAGAGGGUUCGAGAGAGGGUACAUGAUUUGCUCGAAGAGACACGGGAUGGCUUUAAGGAUGUUGGAGAGGGCAUCAAGAGGGCGCAAGCAUGGCCGGACCUCAAUCCUGCGCAAAGAUACACGAAUCAGAAACUAUCCCGCGAGUUUGCAUCGGCUUUGUCCGAGUUUCAAGUUGUGCAAAGACGAGCGAUAGAAAAGGAACGAGCUUCGAAGGCUGCUCUGGAGGAAGCAGCGUCAGCCCAAUCACCCUCGAUGGAAGGAGAACAACAGCUUCAGACAUUGGAGGAACCUCGACUGGCUCAGCAGGAUGAAGUCGACUACCAAGAAAACCUGAUAAUUGAACGGGAAGGAGAGAUUCGACAGAUCGAGCAGUCGGUGGGCGAGUUGAACGAGUUGUUCCGCGAUGUCGCGACUCUCGUCCGAGAUCAGGGUGAUCUGAUUGACGCGAUUGAUGUCAACGUUGAGAACACCCUGACUGAUACACGCGGAGCCGAUGUCGAGCUGAGGAGUGCGAGUAGGUACCAGAAAAACGCACGAAACAAAGCCUGCUGUCUAUUGUUGAUCCUGGCUAUUGUAUUGUUAAUUGUGGUCCUGGCUGUUGUGUUGGGAUGA